AACAUAUUCUGGCAUACAUGGUCCAAAUUUCCGUGGGAGCGCACGAAAGGAAAUCAAAAAGCUACCUGCUCCAGCUAUUGCAUAGUACCAGCAUUAAGUACUACUGCUAGUGUAAAACCUGUAGUGUAAUUGUUUUGAAAACCAGUGGCAUUUCAUGCCAGUAAACAGUAGAUAUCUUCACUUCAUUAGCAACAAAAGCAGUCACUCAACACCCCUUGGAACCAGGAUUAAUGGCUCCUCUCUACCUCAUCCAUGUCCUGCCGCUCCUCCUCCUCCUCUUCCUCAUUCUCAACCCAUUAUCUUACGUUUCUAGCGUUGGUAUUAACUAUGGUACUAUAGGAAACAACCUCCCUUCUCCGAAGAAAGUAGCCCAGCUCCUCCAAUCCACGCUUAUAGAUAAAGUUAAAAUCUAUGACACCAACCCUGAAAUCCUUGAAGCCUUCUCCAACACCGGAAUAGACCUUAUUGUUGCCGUUGAAAACUACCACGUCGCAAACAUCAGCAAGGACGUGGCCGCAACAGACGAGUGGUUCGCGAGUCGUGUGGUGCCCUUCAUACCAGCCACUUCCAUCGUAGCCAUCUGUGUAGGCAACGAGUAUUUAACCACAGAUGAACAUCUGGACCCUGAUGCACUGGUCCAAGCCAUGCAGAACUUACAUGCCGUGUUAUUAAAACGUGGUCUGGACCGUAAGAUCAAGGUCAGCACCCCACAUAGCAUGGCGGUUCUUGCUUCCUCAUUCCCACCCUCAGCUUCAACCUUUGCCACCAAGCUUCUUUCCACCAUGAGCUCUAUAAUUGGGUUUUUGGCUGAUACUGGUGCUCCUUUCAUGGUCAAUGCCUAUCCUUAUUUUGCGUAUAGGGAUAACCCCAGCACAGUUGAUAUAGAGUACGCAUUGCUAGGGAAUUCGACAGGGGUCCAUGACCCUAAGGGUUACCUGUAUCAUAAUAUGUUGGAGGCGCAGAUUGAUGCUGUUAGGUCAGCUAUCAAUGCUGUUGGGUUUGGUAAUAUGUCUAUAGAGAUUACAGUGUCAGAAUCUGGGUGGCCCUCAAAAGGAGAUCCCGGAGACACUGCAGCUACUCCGGAUCAUGCAAAGACGUACAAUACCAGGUUGAUUGAACGAGCGCAGUCUAAUAAAGGGACGCCAAUGAAGCCAAAGGAUAAGAUAGAGAUAUUUGUGUUUGCUUUGUUUAAUGAGAACAAGAAACAAGGGGGUGCCAGUGAGAGGAAUUUUGGGAUUUUCAACGGGGAUGGGUCUAAGGUGUACGAUGUGGACUUGAGCUGCCAAUUUUGCAGCAAUGGGGGUGCAUUUGAGAAGAUGUCAACCAGUGGAGCAAGGGGUCCGUCAGUUUGGUGCGUGGCUAAGCCACACGCAGAUGAGAAAGUGCUUCAGGCUGUGUUGGAUUUCUGCUGCGGCCCUGGAGGAGUGGACUGCAGGGAAGUUUAUGAAAAUGGUAAUUGUUUUCAACCCGACAAGCUUCAUGCUCAUGCAUCUUAUGCCAUGAAUGCUUACUAUCAGAUGCACGGAAGGAAUUAUUGGAACUGCGAUUUCAAGGGUACCGGGCUUGUCACCUUCAGUGAUCCAAGUUAUGGGACAUGCCGCUAUCCUCAACAGUGAUUCACAAAGCAACGGCAAAUGCUAUAUGUGGUUGACAGCUCUCUUUGUACUGAUUGCUAGUAUUGUUGAUUUGAAAUUCAAGCAAUGUUAGAAUGUGAGAUAAGUUCACUUUCAUGAAAUGAGUUUUGGUCUAGUGGGCCGCCGAAAAACAAAUUGAUUGAAUUUCUGAAGGAACUUUGAAUAUUUGAUCGA